CAAUCAUUCAGCCCUUUUCUCUUCCUUUCUGACUCUCUCUCUUCCUUCCCUAUCCAUAGACCCAAAGGCCGUUCCUUUAUUCCGAUCAGAGAAAACCCAGAUUGAAUAAACCCUCAAAACUCCCUUCUUUCCCCAAACAAGGCGAUGGUUGAAACGCGACGGAGCUCUUCCUCUUCAAAACGACCCCUUUCCUCUCCCGCUACAUCGCUUCCUACCCCUAGUAAACGAUCCAAGGCAUCUGAGCCGGCGGCAUCUUCCACCAAUGGAGCGACGGUGUCUGGGCCGCUGAACGAAGCUCUGGGCCCGGUGAAGGAAUCCAGGUCGGAUUCACGAGUAACGGAGCUUCGAUCUUCUGAUCUGCCGGUAUCCGAUGCGGAUAAGGCCGUUGAUGAGUCUAUCCCUGAUAAGUCUGCUGAUGCUGAUGUGGAGAACGGUGCUUUGGUGUCUCCGCGGUCUUUAGGUGAACCUGCUAUUGAUGCGGAGAACGCGAAGGUGGUCGGUGCUGGGCUUACCGCUCGGGUUAAGAAGAAGCCAACGAAACCUGCUAAAUCAGGUUCUAAAGUCCCUUGGGGAAAGCUUCUUUCUCAGUACUCUCAGAACCCUCACGUGGUCAUGUGUGGCACUAUAUUCACUGCUGGCCAAAGUCGUCAGUGUAAUUUAUGUCUUAAAGAUCCCAAUAUUAGCACUGUUUUGUGCAAAGUGAAGCACAUAGAGAGUGAUGGCAGUUCAAUUGCAUUACUAGAAAUUACAGGAGGAAAAGGCUCUGUCCAGGUUAAUGGGAAGACUUACCGCAAAAAUGCUACUUUAAUUCUAAAUGCAGGAGAUGAAUUGAUUUUCACUAGUACAGGGAAUCACGCUUAUAUUUUUCAGCAGCUCACCAAUGAUAACUUAGCUGCCCCAGGCAUACCUUCUACUUUAAGCGUUUUAGAAGCUCAGACAGCUCCUAUAAAAGGGAUUAUUGAAGCACGAUCAGGUGACCCAUCUGCUGUUGCUGGGGCGGCAACAAUUUUGGCCUCUUUGUCAACAAAAGAAAAUUCAGAGAUGUCUACCUUACCUUCUGGUUGUGAAGUGUCAGAUGACCGGCUUCCAGACGUGGAUAUGAAGGAUAGUGCUUGUAAUACUGAUCCAGCGACAGCUUCUUCAAGGGACAAAACCAGUCCUCCUACACCUGAUGUAGCCAAUGGAAACUCUAAUCUUGAUAGACUUGGAUUGAAUGAUGGUAUGGAUGCUGACAAUACAAAGAUCCCUGGGGCAAGCUACUCUUUAAGGCCAUUAUUGCGUAUUCUUGCUGGUACAUCUACUGACUUCGAUUUUAGUGGCAGCAUUGCCAAAAUUCUUGACGAGCGAAGGGAAAUUAGAGAGAUGCUUAAGGAUUUUGAACCUCCUUCAGCUUUGAUAUCAACUAAGCGGAAAGCAUUUAAAGAUAGUUUACAGGAAGGCAUUCUCAAUCCGGACAAUAUAGAUGUCUCAUUUGAAAAUUUUCCGUAUUAUUUGAGUGAUACGACAAAGAAAGUUUUGAUAGCCUCAGCUUAUGUGCAUUUGAAGUGUAAUAAAUUUGCGAAGUACGCUUCAGAUCUUCCUACCAUGAGUCCUCGUAUAUUGUUGUCUGGUCCUUCGGGUUCAGAAAUAUAUCAGGAGACAUUGGCAAAGGCACUUGCUAAUCAUUUUGGUGCUCGACUGCUGAUUGUUGAUUCUCUUCUGUUGCCUGGAGGAUCAACAUCAAAAGAAGCGGAUCCUGUGAAAGAACCUUCGAGAGCUGAGAGGGCUUAUGCAUAUGCUAAAAGAGCUGCACAGGCUGCUGCUUUGCAGCAGAAGAGACCUACUUCUAGUGUCGAAGCUGAUAUAACAGGGGGUUCUUCGCUGGGCUCCCAAGCAUUGCCAAAACAGGAAGUAUCUACUGCAACAUCUAAAAACUAUACAUUUAAGAAAGGUGAUAGGGUUAAGUUUGUAGGUGUCACAUCACCUUCAGGACUUUCCUCUCUACAACCUGCUUUAAGGGGACCAACCAUUGGUUUUCGGGGCAAAGUUCUCCUUGCAUUUGAAGAAAAUGGUUUCUCAAAAAUUGGGGUUAGAUUUGACAGAUCUAUUCUGGAGGGAAAUGACCUUGGUGGGCUUUGUGAAGAAGAUCAUGGUUUCUUCUGUGCUGCUAGCUCACUUCGUUUGGAUAGUUCUGGAGGUGAUGAUGUUGACAAGCUAGCUGUUAAUGAACUUUUUGAGAUUGCAGUGAAUGAAAGUAAGCACUGUCCCUUAAUAUUGUUUGUGAAAGAAAUAGAGAAGUCCAUGGCUGGAAAUUCAGAUUUAUAUACUUCCCUGAAGAGUAAGGUUGAGAAUCUGCCAGCUAAUGUUGUUGUGAUUGGUUCUCAUACCCAGAUGGAUAAUCGCAAGGAGAAAUCUCAUCCUGGCGGCCUCUUGUUCACAAAAUUUGGAUCCAAUCAGACUGCCUUACUUGAUCUUGCAUUUCCAGAUAAUUUUGGUAGACUUCAUGACAGGAGCAAAGAAACACCUAAAACCAUGAAACAAGUUUCUCGGCUUUUCCCUAACAAAGUGACAAUUCAAUUGCCUCAGGAUGAAGCUUUACUUUUGGACUGGAAGCAGCAACUGGAACAUGAUAUUGAAACUCUUAAAGCACAGUCAAAUAUUGCUAGCAUUUUUUCAGUUCUCAGUCGAAAUGGUUUGGAUUGCCCUGAUCUUGAAACACUUUGCAUUAAAGAUCAAACGCUCACAAAUGAGAGCGUGGAGAAAGUGGUAGGCUGGGCGCUGAGUCACCACUUAAUGAAUUCUUCUGAAGUUUUGAUCAAAGAUGCUAAACUAAUAGUUUCAACUGAAAGCAUCAAAUAUGGGCUGAACAUUUUGCAAGGCAUUCAAAACGAAAGCAAAAGCUUGAAGAAAUCACUUAAGGAUGUGGUCACUGAGAAUGAAUUUGAAAAGAAACUUCUAGCGGAUGUUAUUCCCCCAAGUGAUAUAGGGGUUAGUUUUGAUGAUAUUGGAGCCCUUGAGAAUGUCAAAGACACCUUGAAGGAAUUGGUGAUGCUUCCCCUUCAAAGGCCUGAAUUGUUUUGCAAGGGACAGUUGACAAAGCCCUGCAAAGGAAUCUUGCUCUUUGGGCCUCCUGGUACUGGCAAAACAAUGCUUGCCAAGGCUGUUGCAACUGAAGCUGGUGCAAACUUUAUUAACAUAUCAAUGUCCAGCAUUACAUCAAAGUGGUUCGGUGAAGGAGAGAAGUAUGUUAAAGCUGUUUUCUCUCUUGCCAGUAAAAUUGCACCUAGUGUUAUUUUUGUUGAUGAGGUUGAUAGUAUGUUAGGAAGACGGGAGAAUCCAAGUGAACAUGAGGCUAUGCGAAAAAUGAAGAAUGAAUUUAUGGUAAAUUGGGACGGUCUUCGUACCAAAGAUAAAGAAAGAGUAUCAGUUCUUGCUGCUACAAACCGGCCAUUUGACCUUGAUGAGGCAGUCAUCAGGAGGCUUCCUAGAAGAUUGAUGGUUAAUUUGCCAGAUGUUCCAAACAGAGAGAAGAUUCUAAGAAUUAUAUUAGCCAAAGAGGAAUUGUCACCCAAUGUUGAUUUGGAAGCUAUUGCAAAUAUGACUGAUGGUUAUUCUGGAAGUGACCUUAAGAAUCUUUGUGUGACUGCCGCACAUUGUCCCAUAAGAGAAAUUUUGGAAAAGGAAAAGAAGGAGCGAGCAUUGGCGGUGGCUGAGAAUAGACCGGCACCGACAUUGUAUAGCAGCACUGACGUUCGUCCUUUGAAGAUGGAUGAUUUUAAAUAUGCACAUGAGCAGGUUUGUGCAAGUGUGUCGUCAGAGUCUACAAAUAUGAAUGAGCUGCUUCAAUGGAAUGAUUUGUAUGGAGAAGGCGGAUCAAGAAAGAAAAAACCUCUAAGCUACUUCAUGUAGAGAGGUGGGGGGGGGGGGUUAUCUUUGUGAAUAGGCAUAGGCAUCACCAUUCCUUUUUCAUUUCAUUCUUCGUUGUCGCCCAUAAAAAGGUGGCCAAGUUCAGAGAGAGAGAGAGAGAGAGAGACCCUGUUCAUGGAAUUUCAUUGCAGGUUCCUCCUCCUCCCUUUGUAUUAUAGUAAGUAUAUAUCUAUCUAUAUAGGUUUUCUAAAUUUUCACAA